AGUGGUCUCCUGCCUCACUCAUAGCCUGUGCACUGGGGAGCCUGGAUUGCCUACAACAGCAGACCAGUCAUGGAGAGAGAGCAGUGAGCACAUCGUGACUUUUUUGGAAAAAACCAAAAUCUGAUAUAAUAUCUACUACUCAGUGGGCUGUGCAUGGGACACUGCUGUUGCCCUGCUGAGGGAGAAGAAGGGACGGGCAUUUGGUGGGCCUACUGUGUGCUGUUCCUUGGCCUAAUCCCUGCACUGUGCCUGCAGUGACUCAUGGAGGUGUGUCCAUGGGCUCUGCAGACCAGCAGUUCAAUCUCGCAGAGAUCCUGUCACAGAACUACGGCAUCCGGGAGGAGGGUGAAGGGACUGCGCGACGCCCAGAGCCGCUUGAGGAAGAGCUGGACAAAGACUUCAUCUCCCAGAGCAGUGACAUGCCCCUUGACGAGCUGCUUGCCCUCUAUGGCUAUGAGACAUCAGACCCCAUCUCAGAGCGGGAGAGUGAGGGCAGCGAUGCCACAACCAACCUCCCGGACAUGACUCUGGACAAGGAACAAAUAGCGAAGGAUUUGCUUUCAGGGGAAGAAGAAGAAGAGACACAGUCCUCCGCCGAUGACCUCACCCCCUCUGUGACCUCCCACGAGACCUCUGACCUUUUCCCUAGCCAGAAUGGACCCCGCUUCCUGACUGGCACAGACAAAGAGCUGUGCUCUUCCACCUCGUCUGACAAUGAGGAGGACCCUCUUCCUGCCAACAAGUGUAAGAAGGAGAUCAUGGUUGGGCCUCAAUUCCAAGCUGACCUCAGCAACCUGCACUUGAACCGCCUUGGUGAGAAGAUCUAUGAGAACGAAGACCAGCUGCUGUGGGACCCCAACAUCCUCCCUGAGAGGGAGGUGGAGGAGUUCUUGUAUCGGGCAGUCAAGCGGAGAUGGCACGAGACGGCUGGGUCUCAGCUCCCGGAGGGAGAAACAGUGAAAGAUAGUGAGCAGGCACUGUAUGAGUUGGUGAAAUGCAGUUUUAAUGUGGAGGAGGCUUUGCGGAGACUGCGGUUCAACGUGAAGGUGAUCCGAGAUGGGCUCUGUGCUUGGAGUGAGGAGGAGUGCAGGAACUUUGAGCACGGUUUCCGCGUGCACGGGAAGAACUUCCACCUGAUCCAGGCCAACAAGGUGCGUACCAGGUCUGUGGGCGAGUGCGUGGAGUACUACUACCUGUGGAAGAAGUCCGAGCGCUAUGACUACUUCUCCCAGCAGACACGGCUGGGGCGGAGGAAAUACGGCCCGUCGGGAACCACGGACACAGACCAGGACCUAGAUAGCAGUGACCCUGAUGGCCUCUCGCGUCCCCGCUCCUCAUCACUCCUGCCCCCUGCCACUGACAGCCUAGGCCCUGAGCAGGACCCUGCGGCGAGGAUGCACAUGGAGCCGCUGAGCGUGGACGGCGUGCCUGGCAGUCUUGGUGAGCCUGAGGAGGGCUCCAACGGCCUCCCAUCCUCGGAGCCAGGGCCCUGUCUGUUCCAGCAGCUGGACGCUCCCCCCAUCGUGCCCCUGCCCCAGCGGCCCCUGGCCCUGGCCGAGCCGGCCUUCUGCCCCUCCGCUACAGCUGCUCCAGAGCCCGCCGACGCCAGCUCGAGACUGGCUGUGGACUUGGCCCUGCCCUCGGCCCUCCCUGAGGAGAUGCCCCUGGUCUCCAGCCACGUGGAUAUGGACGGAGAGCCUGAGGAGGCUGUGGCCCCUGCGCAGGUGGCCUUGUCGGUCACGGAGUUUGGACUUAUUGGCAUUGGGGACGUGAAUCCUUUCCUGGCUGCCCACCCAGCGUGCCCGGGCCCUGGGCUGCAUUCGGAGCCCCUGUCACACUGUAACGUGAUGACCUGUUGAUUCCUGGCCACAGGCGGGUGUGUGUGGCCUAGACUGGACUUGGGGCCACUGUGGGGCCUGCCUCAGCCCGUCAGUCUUCCCGACCCUUUUCCUCGUGGGCCUCGGGUAAUGCCUUCUCUGCUUCAGAACACUUCAAGGACUGGGGUGAGCAGUGGUGGGGCUACUAGCCCUGCCCCUCCCCACACGCAGACCGGCACCCUCAGCGCCGGGCACCGCCGCCUGGCUCCAGGCUGCCACUCACCGUGGGACCCGUUGGGCAGCUGGGUGCAGAGGGCCGGGUCCCCUCUAGCCAGCAGAGGCCAGGAAAGGCAUCCCUGCCUGUCAGGGUGAGACAGGGCAGGGGGAUGCCCUCCCCGCCACCCCCACCAGCAGUCUCUGCCCAGGGAGCCCCCAGCACUCUACUUGGCUCUGUCUCCCUGCACCUAGCAGGGCCAUGGGCUGCCCCAGCCCGGGGGUCGGCGGGCAGCUGCUACUCGGUGCCAAACCCCAUGGGGCACAGAGCCAUAUACCUCGAUGUUGGCCCCGCCCCACCCUUGACCUCACCCACUCUGUCCACUUCAGGAAAAGCCGCACUUUAUGCCCAUCUGCCCCCUCUCUCUAUCCGCCCCAGGGCCUCUCAGCAGCCUUGUGCGGGCGUGGGUUCCAAGAGACAGGUGGCUGACAUCCCCCCUGUUGCCUGCAAUGCCGAGGGGCCGGGUUCUAGCCUGUUCUCCUGACCCUGCAGGUCGUGUUUCUGUUGAAGCUCCCCAGCAAGAUGGUUUGGGGUCCUGGUCCUUCUCUUCACCCACCUCCCUUGUUUUAUUUAUGUUUCUGUUUACAAAUUGGAGUGGGGUCCUCAGGGGGACAGGGCAGCUCUCCCCAGGCCCUGGGUGUCACCAGGAGAGUUUUGGCUCGAGCCCAUCUGCAGAGUUGGACUCGGCCUUUCCUGUCACCCCAACCAAGGACCACACUGUGAAGUUGACAACUGCCUUGAACCCCUUGCUGUUUUAUUUAUUAAACUUGAUUUGAAGCCCUUGA